AUGUCUGUGAGACCAGCGCUGGUGGGCUGUGUGGUUUUGUCUUUGCAGGAUACUUGUGUUUUUUAUCCAUGCUGUAGAGAGUGUUUUUCCAGGAUUCAACCUGAGCACCAGGACCCGACACGGUAAAAAGGCUUACUUACUUACUUCAGGAACUUGUAGAAUAUUUGAUAUAUGUAUUUAAUUUAAGUCCAUUUGUCAGUACUUUUAUCUAUUUCCUGUGUUGGGCUGAGCCUGUGACAUGAUUGUUGCUUGUUGUCCUUGCUUAUCCACUACAGGUGGAGGUGCCCCAAGUGUGGUUACAUCUGUCUGAGGGAAAACGUUGACCACAGAUAUCGUCUCUCCUUGAAGGUGACCCGAAACAAAUGCAUAUUUGGAGUUACAGUCUUUGGAACAUGCUUAAACCCGUUCUUUGGCAUCCAUGCAACUGGUCUGCAGAGGUGAACAUGAACUUUAUACUAGCAACAUUUUGCAAGGGUGAAAUCACCUAGAUACAUACAUGCAGAAUACGUUGUUAUAGGCAAGGGAAAGUAAACCACUGUGUGAAAUGAAGUUAAGGUUGUGUCUGUAAUGUUGUAGGUUGGUUGAGAACACAGAUGGACCAGUUGAACCAACAACCAGAUCCACUUUGUUGGCGAGGGCUGUCCAGGAUUGUUUCAUUGGCAGACAUGUCAUCUUUGGGAUAAAGGUACAGCGGCACAUGGACAUCAGAUAUCUCAAUCACAAAUGCUUGGCCUGAAGUAUAUUUCGAUAUUUCUACUUUUUAAAUGUGCUAAUGGGCAGAUAAAGAGUUUAAGGGAUAUAAAGGGAUAUUCCAGCAUAAAAUUAGGGUCAAACCCACAAACACAGAGUUAGACACCCCCUCUGAAGAGCCAUAAACAAACCUCAACCAAAAAGCCACUCUAUAGCCACAAAUAAUGCUCAGAACAGCACCUAACUUCAUCAACCCUGGUGUGUCUCUGUCCUUCAGGUAACUGAAACAGAACCUGAGCCUUGGCUAAGAAGAGGCGAUGGUUCCAGCAGCAGCAAUGCAGCCCAGUUAAUCGCCAACCAGAUGAUUCUACCCAAAGCUUUAAGCUUAGGAGGCUGCACAGUGGUCAGUUAUUAUCAGGGUCUUCUUCAGAAAGCUGCAGAAUUUGAGCUGGGGUCUACUGAUCCAAGCCUCCGACCCCCAGAAGCACCCCUGCUGCUGCUACCUUGUUAUUCUCCAGCCAGCAGCUUCAACCAUGCUUAUCACUGUACAUUAGAUCUUCAAAACCAAUCACUGCAAAGGUAAGGAGACCAAGAAGGCAAAGAUAUUACCUAUUCUUAAUUUAUAAAUCUUAGAAUGAAUAAGCCUCACAUGUCAGCCCUGUAUUCUGUAAAGAGUAAAAUAGCCUCCCAGUCAUUUUCCUAUUAUACAUCUAAAAUAUAAAAGCAUUCGUUCCGUGUAAGUGACAUUUUCAUGUAACAUUUCCUGUGUUUUGUCUUUAUCCUAGAUCACAGUCCCUCAGUCCCACACCUCCAUGGCAGCAAUCACUGGGGCUGGUGACGUCCUCGGCAGAACAAGAGGAAAGCCUCAGCACCCAGGAUAGUCGUGUGGAGGAUGGCAGAAAGAACAAAAACAAAACACCAAAUCAUACACAGAAGGACAACAAAGGGUACCACAAAGAGGAGAGGAGAGUGUCACCACUUCCACCUGUACAGAGAAGCACUUUUAGCAGUCCCUCAUUUUCCGUGUACUCAUACUCACCUAUUGAUAAGGCUGUUGAAAACACCUCUUUCUUGGAUACUUCAUCCACUCCCUCCUCGCAUGAUCACAGCAGCUCUAAGAAGAAGAGGUUUUCUACCAGCCGUUUAACUGACACAAUUUGGUCAGACUCUUUGGCUUGGGAGGAUUUGCCUUUUUCAGAGAGUCUUACAGAGUUUUUAGGCGAGGAAAAGAAAAAUGUUUUCAUUGGUACUGAAUCAGAGCCAAAUCUAAAAGUGCAAAACCAGGAAGAAACCACAAGAAACAAGCUGGAAGUCGGAUCGCAAAGCGUGGACUUAUCCGUUGAAUCUCCUGUUUGUCAAUAUAAACAGACAACAGACAGCCGCUCACAAAUAGUACUGGAUAUCGUGGAUACACCAGUAUCAAAUAGAGCUGACAGGCAUGACAUAUCUGACCAAAUUUGCGAGACACCUGUUGUACCCAAGAGACAAGCUAGAACAUUACUUUCUCAGGAAGAUGAGACAGCUCACUCACCUUUUUUUGAAAAAGAAGAGGAACAGAUUGAUGGUGACGUAUAUGACUGUUCUGCAGAACUUUUCAGCAGCUCACCAUUGACCAGUAUGAACAAAACCCCACUCACCACUUACACAGAAAGUGUUGGGACAUCAACUGAAGCUCCCUCACUGCUUUCAGUGCCAGAAAAACAGCUCAUGAGAAGAGGAUGUUUAAAUAUGCCACACUUAACACCACACAAACAGCAGCUGAAAACGAAUAAAUGCGUUAUUGAAGAUGAUUUAAUUCCACCAGGCUCUGAAGAACAUGACUUCAUUCCUCCCUCUCAGUCGACCCCCAUUGUAAAAGUUGGUGCUGUGACAGGAUCAGCCGCCUUAAAGAAAACCUCAACAUUUGGUGUGCUGCAAACGCUCACUCCAGAUUCCAACUCUCGUUACAAAGAUCUGCCUGAAUUGGACGAUAAAAAAAAAACCCAAAUUCCCCACUCUUGUGGCAGAAAGUCAACAAAAGAAAACUUGUUGUGGAGUUCAACAACCAGCAGACACAGAUUUAUCUCAAAGAGAAGAUUUUGGAAGCGUAAAAAACCUCUGUUGCCUCAGGCGCCCUCAAGGGUUCAGAGGGUGGAUUUAAGUUCAGGGUCAUCAGAAAGACUCAACCGCACCUUUCACUCAAGUUGUGAUGAUGGGACUGUGUGUGGUCAUGAGGACCAGUAUCCACUUUUCGUUCCUCCCACUCCUGCUGAAAAGUCACUACGUAGCGUAAAGAUACCAGGAAGGACAAAUCAGACUCUUGACAGCAGCAGUAAUUUGGUUUGGACUUGUGGAGAGCAGCAGGGAGACGGAACAGGUUGUGAAACAUCUGUGUUGGAUCAAAGUGGGAUGUCAUCACAGAGAGGUGUGGCACAAAGAAGACACUGUGAGACUUCUGAGAAAGAGACAUAUCUCAGCGGUGAGAACGAGGCAUGUGAUUGGUCCAGAGAUCUGUUCUCUGACUCCAUCUGAGAGAUUCUAUUGCACAUGGACUUAACAAAUAUAUCCAGUAUAUGUAUUUUUCAUAACGCAAAUCAAUAAUGUUAACCCGAUCUGUAUUUUAAAGAGUAAAAAUACUGCUUUUACUGCAAGGAGUUUUGUUUUUUGUGGUCCAACCGUGUGCCGAAGGACCUAAAAAUCAAGCACACACAACAUGACAGACUUUUCCACCCUCUGCCUCAGGAUUGUACAUUCUCUGACAGUCAACCACUUGGACAUUGGAAACUAAUAGUUUUGCACAGUGUCAGUAGAGGGUGAAGUGUACCUCAUAACCUCAAGGUCAACAAGACACUGUUAGUUUUGAGCUCUGUCUGGCACCUUAGUUGGCAUCAGAGUCCUUAAACGUCUGUCCUGCUACUGUGCAGUUUUGCAGAAGUGUUAAUGUAGGGAUGUGUGUUCACAGUGUUGUGCCUGUGAGCUGAGAAUAGCAGCCACUGGAUAUCAUGACUACAAUGUUCUGGAAGUGUGAGUUCAGGAGAGCAAGAUGAAGAUGAUGUUACAUGUGUAAAAAUAGAACUGGGACAAGAAGUUGACAACUGGAGCUUUGUACUGUAUAUGUUUCAGAAACAGGGUUGGUACAGUAUGUUGCCAGCUGGGCAUGGUAUGACGUGUGUGUGUGUGUGUGUGUGUCACAGCAUGUAACGGCACACUUUCAGGGGAUCUUUUUAUCACAAGGGGUACACGCUCAUAAAACCACUAGAUAUAGGGAGCAGGAACUUUAAGACCUUUGUCCGUUUAAAAUGGGGAUGACCCUGAGGGACUCCAUGGACUUCCCUCUAUACUGUACAAGAUGGCAUAUAGGUCACAGUGACACAUGCUUGUUCUGAUGCCCAUGCUGUCUAGUUGAUGCAGAUGGUCUUGAUCGAUCCAAAUGUCAGCCCAUCCAGCACCAUCCAAGUUUUUCAGUUAAAUUUUCAUUGGAUUAAAAUUACACUCUCAACAGCUGUAACAGCUGUUAGUUCAAAAUGAUGUUCCCCCACUGCUACCAAAAUAACACCGCUUCAAGUCUGUUGGAUUGUAUUUGUAUGCUCGUGAAACUUCAAAGUCCGAUGUACACAAAGUUGGCAUAAACAUCACAUCAAGUUCCCUCUAUGUAGUUAUGCAUGUGAAAAGGGAGACCCUGUACUUUGUCCUGGAAUGGACGGUAGUACAGCACAUAAGUUAUGGCAGUGCUCAGUGUGGUGGUUUUGAUAUUUGUUGCCAGAGAAUUUCUGGCCUCAGUUGCCUCAAAAAUAAAAAUAGUAAAUAUAACCUUGGGUGCCAGUAUCUAUAUCACGCCAAGUGUCAGCUCACACACUUUUGAUAUUCAAAGUUACAGUCUCACAUCUCACACUAUCUGAUGAAUUAGUGUGAUUCAGACAUAAGCCUCAGCCUAAUGUUGGCACUUGAGGAUAAUGUCCAGCCACUAAAGGAACGCUUAUUUGUUUCACCUCAUUACAAGUCGGAUCAUUAGCACUUUUACUUUUCUGACUAUCUGACUGGGCCUCAUUAACUUGGGUGUGUUUAAAUAAACCUUUGUCACCAACCCAUUGAACUCCUCAAAGCAAAAAGUCAGAUUCCCUUCAGUUGUAACCCCUCCAACGAGAUUACACCCAAGGGGAUUUGAUACUCGUGAACAGCCUCAAGUGGGUCAUUCAAACAACUCAACUCACAGCCCCAGUGUUCAUGUUAUAAAUACUGCUGUAGCAUCAGAUUCCAGCAGAUCGUCACUUACUAAGAGAUUGUAGGAAACAUGGCAUUACUACUUAAAAAAAUAUACAGUAAAUUUCAACUAAAAAGGGCAUUUUUGUCAUCAGAUUACAAUAGUUUCUACUAGUUUAGUAAGCUCUGGAAAAAAUAGAUAAUCCAUUACCUAAAACCUGUGAUUUCCAUCACAGUCACCUGACCUCAGACUCACUACUAAAUAAGAACGAGAGCCAUUCAGUGAAAUAACACUUGUUGCUGUAAUGCUGUAAUUGAAGCGAAUUAGAAAAUAAUUUUUAUUUCAUUUAAAUUGAUAAUACAAUUUCAAUUUUACAUGAAAACUUUGAGCUUCAAUAGAAUGUUAUAAAUAGAACCAUAUAGUCUGUGUCAAUUUGAGUAUGUGAUCAAUUUAAACCCCUGUUUUCAUUCAUAUAUAGCUACCUUAAAUUGACGUCCUUUAUCUGCCCUUUUUUUCAACAAAGAAACUUUACGUGAUGUAUACCAUGCAGUCACAGCUGUGUGCCAAGGGAGACCCUCUCUUUUGCAUGUUGCUGGUACAGUACGUGAGCUAUGUGACCAAGCGCUCAGUGAAUGGAACUACUAUAAGCCACUGUCUUUCCAGCACAUGCUCCUUUGUGUCUGUCAGCAUCAGUGUCAUUUCUGCUUGAGCUAUAGAAGUAUUUCUCCAUGGUUUAGAAUCAUUCUUUUUAAAGGAUUUUUUGGGGUAUUAAACCUUUAUUAGUAAGCGACAGAGGGGGAGGAAAUAUGGGGGAGAGGGUAACAUGUUAAGAGCUGCCCAGGUGGGAAGUAAACCUGAUGCUGAAUGUUGCAUUUAUUCAUUUUUUUAUUCUGCCAGCUUGUGCCCAUAUGACACACACAGAUCAUAGUGCUGUAUUAAUAUACGGUAUGUUAUUGAGCAUGACGUUAGUUUACAGCUUAUUUUUGUCCCGUACCCAAGUUCUUUUUACCUCAAGAAUAACUUUAAAUGGUGGACUGUGUGUUGUUGCGAGUUGCAGAAGUAUUUCCAUUGCACAGUUUCCAGUGCAAGUGUACCAGGGAGAGCUGCGGCUGUAACAUUAGAGUGCUGUACAGAUCAAGAGGCGUGACAAGCACAUGGUGUGUGAGGGUGGAGAAACGGCUUAGUAUGGAGUUGUCAACAAAGCGUCAGAGAGGAGGCGGCACACAGUUCACUGGGGGAAGCUUCCCACUAUAGAUAUAAAACAGAUAGAGAUGUUUGGAUGCAUCACUUGUUUGUUGUCAGUGUAAUUAUAUUACUAAAUCUGCUUUAAUAAGACUAAUACUGUUCUUACCUUGCACUGCUCUUUCUUUUUUUACCGUAGCUCUUUAUCUUAUUUGUUUUUUCUAUCUGGUAUGAACAUGUAUGUUGUGUGUACUGCUGCUGUUAACAAUUUUAAUUUCCCCACUGAGGGAUAAAUAACGGAAAUCUAAUCUAAUCUAAUUUAAGCGCAAUAAAGGACUCUAGUGUAGACUCACAGAUGACAAACUAGGCCAAAUGAUGCUUCAAUAACAGCUGUUGUAUGAUUCAUUUUCAAACCCAAAGCUCAAGCAUACUGCAGAGUGACUGACCUUUGACCCUUUGACAUUAGGCCUCUCUACAGAAAAGACAAUAGAAAAGAGAAGUGUCUUUGCAGCAUUGAGAAAUUACUGUAUGUUUAUUAUAAACAUGAACAACUGACCCUGUGCUGUGCCCAGUUUUGUUCAUUUUGUACAUUUUUGUAUAAGCUGCACUUUUGCAUUUUCAAAAAAAGGCCUUCACAUCGCCAUUCUCUUGAAAAAUUAAUGGAAAUAUCAUCUCUAUUUGUUUUGUUUCUGUAGUCUCGUGGUUGAUCCGCCGUAGGCUGGUCUCAGUUCCCACUCCAAAGCGGGCCAUGGAAAGUCUGACGUUGGAUGCCAGCUCUCCUUAUAAGCACCUGUCCUUUCGCGUCACUCCAAGCUCCCAAUACGAAAAGCGUGUGAUUGUUUUCCACAUGGGACAGUGUGCGUAG